GGACGAAACAGUUUAUCCGGAUUCUUGCUGCACCAAUAAUCACAAUGCUGAGACCAAAAAUGUUCACCCGCGUUCGCCGCUUGGCGGCCCUUCGGGUCCUGGCCCAAGCGUUGCCACGUCGAUGCACCUCUCCCGCCGUGGUUGAAGCGAUCUCCUUCUCCAUGAUGACGAAGUCUAUUCCACACGCAUGCCAUCGACCUAGCACGAAGUUGGGGUGGCAACAGGCGUUUCGGUCGUUUUCGACGACUACACCACCGUCCGAUCCUCCGUCGUCUGGCUCGGACAUUCCAGGCGCCACACUCACGUCCGGCGACAAGUUCGUCAUGGUGUAUACGUGCACUGUAUGCGACACCCGUGCCGCCAAAACCAUCAGCAAGCAUGCGUACUACAACGGCGUCGUCCUCAUUCGGUGCCCGACGUGUCAGAACUUGCACUUGAUCGCAGAUCGCCUCGGGUGGUUUGAGGACGGUGGAUACGACGUCCAAGAAGUGCUGGCGGCAAAAGGCGGCAAUGCGCGCAUCGUCACGCACGACAACAUCCUCGAACUCACGGAAGCAGACGUCCUUGGCACCCCGGCCACUGAUUCCUCACCUCCGCCAUCUUCCUCGUCCGGCUCGUCGUCCUAACGUCAACAACAUGCUUCCUCUUCUUCAAUUCUGCUUCCAACUCGACCUAACAUGUAAAUUAAUCAAGGGUACACACAGAGUGUAUGUAUACUCUAUUGUCAAA